AUCUGUUUUCUCCUGUUUGCUGUUCUCUACAUUGUUUCCUACUUCAUAAUCACGAGAUACAAAAGGAAAGCAGAUGAGCAAGAGGAUGAAGAUGCCAUCGUUAACAGAAUAUCGCUGUUCUUGAGCACCUUCACUCUAGCAGUUUCAGCUGGUGCAGUCCUGCUUCUACCUUUCUCAAUAAUCAGCAAUGAGAUCCUGCUUUCUUUUCCACAAAACUACUAUAUUCAGUGGUUAAAUGGCUCACUAAUUCAUGGUUUGUGGAAUCUUGCUUCUCUUUUUUCAAAUCUGUGUUUGUUUGUGUUGAUGCCUUUUGCAUUUUUCUUCCUGGAAUCAGAAGGAUUUGCUGGCUUAAAAAAGGGCAUCAGAGCACGUAUUUUGGAAACCCUUGUAAUGCUCAUUCUUCUUGCACUGCUUAUCCUUGGAAUUGUAUGGGUGGCUUCAGCACUCAUAGACAAUGAUGCUGCCAGUAUGGAGUCGUUAUAUGACCUCUGGGAAUUCUACCUCCCGUAUUUAUAUUCCUGUAUAUCACUGAUGGGAUGCUUGUUACUUCUCUUAUGCACGCCAGUGGGACUCUCACGGAUGUUUACAGUCAUGGGUCAGUUGCUGGUGAAGCCGACAAUCCUGGAAGACCUAGAUGAGCAGAUGUAUAUCAUUACUUUAGAGGAAGAAGCAAUUCAGAGGAAGCUUAAUGGUGUCUCUUCCAUGGUGGAAUACCAAACAGUAGAGCUGGAACGGGAGCUUGAAAAAGUGAAAAGCAAGAAAACAAAUCUAGAACGGAGGAAAAAAGCUUCUGCUUGGGAAAGGAAUUUAGUCUAUCCAGCUGUGAUGAUAUUGCUACUAAUUGAGACUUCCAUCUCAGUUCUCUUAGUUGCUCUCAACAUUCUUUACCUGUUGGUUGAUGAGACUGCAAUGCCAAAGGGAUCAGGGGGACCUGGAAUAGGAAAUGCAUCCCUAUCCACCUUUGGUUUUGUGGGAGCAGCACUUGAAAUCAUUUUGAUUUUCUAUCUUAUGGUAUCCUCUGUCGUCGGCUUCUACAGUCUUCGUUUCUUUGAGAAUUUCACUCCCAGGAAGGAUGACACAACUAUGACAAAG